UCCUGCUAUUUUGUUCUCCUUUUCUGUUACUUUACCAUGUAUGUAUUAUCAUUAAAAAAAAAAAACCUUUAUCAUUCUACUUACAAAUUGAUAAGUUUUUGGUAUCACAAGAAAUCUUCUCCCUUCUACUUCAUGUUUUCCUCCUCUUUUUUUUUUUCUUCACUUUCCUCUUCUUGUAAAUUUUUAUUUUUUAUUAAUUUUUUUUAAUUUUGUGUAUUUAUUGAUCAUUGAAUAAAGUAGCAGGUCUUAUUGUUUAGUUUCUCUCGGGAGUAAUACCAUGCUAAAUCUGAGUUCCUCUUAGAUUUCUUCGGUUGUAUUCCUCUUAUCAGUACUAAUGUGGAUAAAUGGUUACACUUUUUUGAAAAUGAGAGGAAGAUUCACAUUUUGUAAUCACUAAUGUUGGGGUUUGGAUUUUUGUUGUACUGGUUUUGAUUUUUUGAAGCUUCGAAUUUUUCAAUGUUAUUUUUAUGUUACUAAUGGAGAUUUAGCGGGAUAUUGACGGUUUUUUACCUUCUUUUGAUGUAAUGAUUCAACUAGAACUAUUGUGUUUAUAGAUGACUAUACUAUUUCUAAUUGUCACCAGUUAUAAAAGAGCACCGUAUUGCGGUGAAAAAUGUAACUCUUUUGUGAAACUUAUUUGUUCUAGUGACCGAUGGUGACAAUGGUGAAAUUUAUUUGUACAUGAGAAGAAAACAAGAACUCAGUUUUAUAUUAUGUAAUAUCUAUGUUUCAGUAUAUAUGCUCAGUUUAAUAAUGAUUUUGCAAUUUUUAAAUGACAAAUAGGUGUCUAUGGAUCCUCAACAAUUGUGCGAUCUCGAAUGCUUUAUCAUCCUUGAGGAGAUUAUGGUGCAUUCAUAUGUUGUCUUUAUUUGUCUUUUUAUGGCUAUUUACAACAUAAUUUUAAGAAGACAAUCUAGAUAUAGACGGGUCACUCGAUAUAGCACAUGUGCUAGAAUUCCUAAAAUCAUGUCUCAUCUAAAUUCUAUCAUUCGUGACAGUGAUAUUGUAUGUAUUGAUAAGCUUAGGAUGGAUAGAAAGGCCUUUCACAUUUUAGCUUCUUUAGCCACGAAUAUUGGAGGAUUGACAGACACUGACAAUAUGUCAAGCACUGAAAAGCUAGCAAUGUUCUUAAAUAUUUUGGCUCAUCACGAGAAGAACAGGUCUAUCAAAGUUGAUUAUAUUAGAUCGGGGUGGAGUGUAAGUCAAGCCUUUAAUGAAUGUCUAAGAGCAAUUCUCAAACUAACUCCAUUAUUACUUGUUAGUCCUAAUCCAGUGGCCGAAGAUGAGACUGAUGAUCGAUGGAAAUGGUUUAAGGGUUGUCUAGGUGCAUUGGAUGGUACUUACAUUUCCAUUAGAGUUCGAACUAUAGAUAAGCCAAGAUACAGGACACGGAAAGGAGAUAUAGCAACUAAUGUCUUGGGGGUUUGUGAGAGAAAUCUUAACUUUACUUAUGUCUUACCUGGUUGGGAGGGAUCAGCCGCUGAUGGUCGUGUAUUGCGAGAUGCUGUUGUACGAAGGAAUGGUUUGAAAGUACCCGAGGGCAAUUAUUAUUUAUGUGACGGAGGAUAUACAAAUGGAAAUGGUUUUCUGUCCCCUUAUCGAGGAUAUAGAUACUGGCUAAGGGAUUGGCAAGGUGACAACCCACCACCUCAAUGCCGAGAAGAGCUGUUUAAUAUGAAGCAUGCUAGGGCGCGCAAUGUUAUUGAAAGAGCAUUUGGUGUAUUGAAAGGACGUUGGGGAAUUCUUAGAAGUCCUUCGUGGUACUCUGUUAAGAUUCAUACUAGAAUCAUUAGUGCAUGUUGUUUGUUACACAAUUUCAUUCGAAGAGAGAUGGAAGUUGAUCCAUUAGACAUGGAAACAGAAUUCAACAUGGAGCAUCAACAUGAACCUGAACAUGGAAAUAUUGAUACCGUUGAACCAUCCGAUGAGUGGACCACUUGGAGGGAUGAGCUAGCUCAGUCCAUGUGGAAUGAAAGAUCUAGCAAUUAGUCUUUGUAAUUUUUAAGUUAUGUUGUCAAUUUGUGGUGCUUGUACAUUUUUGGUAUGUUUUUCGUCCAUUGGAAGAUGUAGUAGCUAGUGAUAUUUUGUGAAGACAAAUAGUGAAUCUUUUUGUAUGCCUCACAUUGCUGUUUGUGGAGACAAUUCACCUUAAUGUAUAUCUAACAAUAUCUUUUUGAAGACAAGUAGUGAAUCUUUAUGUAUGCUUUUACUUCUUUUUUUAAUAUAAGCAGUGUAUCUAUGAGUUAGUCUUACAAUAUUAGUUUUCCUGAACAAUUUAGUUGUAUUUUUUUUUUUUUUUGGUGAUGGAUAAAAUAUUUAUAAGUGAGUCAUAAGUUAAGUGACUUCACAUCUUCUUGUUAAGGUUCUUAAUUAUUUGAUUGCAAAUAGCAAAUACUUGCUUAUUUCUUACUAUGUUGUUUAUUUGAUCAGCUUUGGUCAAUAUCAUAUUGACGGAAUGAGUAAUCACACAUCAUCUUCUGACCAAGCAUCAAAAAGGUCGAGCCGAGCAACACCUCAGAGCCGAAGGUCAUGGACACUAGAAGAAGAACGCACUCUUAUUGAUGGUUUAAAGGAUUUGUGUGUCAAGGGUUGGAAAGCGGAUAAUGGCACCUUUAGGCCUGGAUACAUGACGGAAUUGGAGCUUUAUUUAAACAAAAUCCAUCCUAAUUGUGGAUUGAAAACUCAACCACAUAUUAAUUCUAAAAUGAAAAUAUGGAAGAAGGAUUACGGGACUAUAGCUUUAUUAAAAAGUCGUAGUGGUUUGGGCUUUCAUUAUGGUGAAGGAAGAAUUAUAGUUGAUGAUCCAAGCAAAUGGGAUGAGUUUGUUAAGGCUGAUCCAAAUGCCAAAGGAAUGCAAAACAAGACAUGGCCAUUGUUCGAGGAUUGGGAAGAAAUAUUUGGAAAAGAUAGAGCAACGGGAGAGUUUGCAGAAGGGCCGGAAGAUGCUUUUGAGGAAAUUGUUAGGAGCCAAGGUCAAGGAGUUUCUAAUGACAGGAGAUUAGGAUUUCUUAUUGAAGUUGAUGAUGAAGAUGAUGAAGAAGAUGCUAGACAUGAACCUGAUGUAGCCCCUGGAGAAGACGAAAAUGCUUAUAGACCUAGUAGAGCUUCUCAAAGUGCAGAUAGAGCUUCUGAAAGUGUAAAUACCGAACACCAACAAAACCAACAACAAGGUAAAAAUACUAGAAGCUCCUCUUCUAAUGUCAAUGAUAAAGAGAGAAGCAAAAAAAGAAAAAGAACUGUUGAAGAUGUUAACGAGACAGCUUUAAGGGAUUUAGUUGAUGUUAUGAAGGAAUUUACGGCAAAUCACAGCAAAACAAUGGGUGCUUUAAUUGACAUGUAUGGGGCGCGUGAUGAAUCUGAAAUUCGUGGAAAAGUUUUAGAUAUCCUUUCAUCCCCUACUUAUCAAGAGUUGUAUAGUCCAGAUCAACAAAUCAAAGCAUCAAUGGGGCUUACUUCUGAUGUUAGAAAAAUGGAUUUGUUCUUACGAAUGGGUGAACUUCAACGUCAAAACAUUGUGUGGAUGAUUGUCAAUGAUAUGUUUCCAAGUACAUGAAUAUCAUUGUAAGGGCUGGCCAUGGGUUGAUAUUUUUGCUAAAUUGACGACCUUCAAAAGGGUUAAUGAUUGUAUCUGUUUUUGAAGCCUUAGCUCUAUAAACUUGAUAUGUAGUCGGGAAGAGCAUGAGGAUGUAGAUGUCAAUGUUAUAUGUGUGGAUGGUUGUCAAUGAUAGGUUUCCAAGUACAUAAUAUGAUUGUACGGGCUGGCCAUGGGUUGAUAAUUUUUGCUAAAUUCAUCAUCUUCAAAAGGUUUAAUGGUUGUAUUAUAUUUU